UCACAUGGCUUUGUUUUGAGUUUAUGUAUUUUUCGUUGUAGCUGACUAGCUAGCUAGCUGGUCUAGAAACGUUUUUUCUUCUAUCCAAACGAAGAGAUAUUUAUCUGAUUUAUGUUACAUUGUCGUAGUUUUUAUGAAAGUCAAAAGGGAAAUAUCCUUAGCUAUCUUCUAUCUCUAAAAAAAGCUUAUUCGUUGGCGUUGGUUUGGCUGCUGAGCAGAUAUUCUUUCAUUGGUAUAGAAACCGUCAUGGCGAGUAUGAAUUCUUCUAGUAGCCAGUCGCAGUCGCAAUCUCAAUCACAACAGUCAUCAAGUUCUUCAAGUGGACAUAGUGCGGACAGUCUUUCUACAGUUCCUAUUGAUCACGAUGACACUGAUUAUCAAAAUUUGGAUGACGACCUUGAUAUAGUUGAAGGUUCUAGUUGGGGUAUCCUUACUGCUGUUAACGGUCUUUAUCAAACAAUGGAACUAAAAGAGGAUAUACCGUAUAAGGUAGGUCGAGCCCCUAGCUGUCAAUACUGUAUUUUAGAAGAACAAGGUUUCGACAAAGAGGAUGAGCUUAAAGAGUUGUAUAAAAAAAUUUCGAAAGUCCAUUUCAUAAUAUAUAAAGAAAAAGAUGACCAGUCUGAAGUUGGCUUCACUGUGUAUAUUAAAGAUACGAGCACUAAUGGUAUCUUCGUUAAUGGCGAACAUGUGAAAGGGGCUUCGAGACCUUUGUUAAAUUGUUCGAAAAUAGCCAUAGCAAUGCCGGAUAACGAGGCUUUUAUUUUUAUAAAUGUGCAGGUUCAAAAUCAGGAGUUCCGCCAGUUACCGCGCGAUUUUAACAAGAAAUAUGUGUUAGAAAACGUGAGGCUGGGCGAGGGUGCGACCGGUGUAGUAAAACGAGGCCACGUAAAAACAAGGGAUCAGACAAAAGUUGCUGUUAAAAUUAUCAGAAAGGGAAAAUCCUUAAGCGUUGUCAGAGACUUGACGUACGAGGCAAGUCUAAUGCAACAAAUAAAUCACCCCAAUGUCGUUAAAGUAAAGGACGUAUUCGACACCGACCACGCUGUGUAUAUUGUGCUUGAGUGCGUGAAUGGAGGAGAGUUAUUUGAUUACGUAAAGCAAAAUGGUGCAGUCCCGGAAGACAAAUCCAGAAUUUGGUUUUUGGAAUUACUGGAAGCCGUAGAUUAUUUGCACAGUAAAAACAUUAUACAUCGAGAUUUGAAACCUGAAAAUGUUCUUUUGACAUCAAAGGAUUCCGAUGCAAAAUUAAAAAUAACAGAUUUUGGGUUGAGUCGAAUGGUGGCUGAGCAAUCCUUGCUAAAAACACUUGUUGGAACUUCGUUUUAUCUUGCUCCUGAAAUUGUUGCACCUACUUCUAGGGGAUACACCAGUGCUGUAGAUUUAUGGUCACUGGGCUGCAUUUUGUUUAUCAUGUUAGCAGGCUAUCCUCCGUUCAGUGAUGAGGGUGAAAUUCCCCUUAAUGAUCUCAUACGCACAGGUAACUACACCUUUCACGAAGAAAAAUGGCGUGGAAUUUCUGAAAACGCCAAGAAACUUGUUAAGUCUUUGUUAACAGUGAAUGUUGCAGACAGAAUUACGUUAAGUGCCGCCCUGAGCCACCCUUGGUUUACUGCUCGUAGCGAGCCCUUGCCAGCUGCAAAGCGAAUGAAGAAAAGCGAGGAAUGAGUACUGAGUGUGCGUUGUGCGAUACGGCGUGUUUUUAUAUCUAUAUUAUACGCUUAAUAUUUUCAUAUUUUGACUUUAAACGUUUUUUUAAAGACCUUAAACGAGUGCGCAAUGUUCUACGGUGAAAAUUAUGACCGUAAAAAAUAUUAGCUCCAUUCAUUUGCAGUGCAUUUAUACUUUAAUUAGAUUUUAUUGUAUUUAUUGACAUAGUUAUAUGAUAGUAUCACUUUUCUUUCUGUAAUUGGAAAAAUUUAGACCAUUUGGCUAAAUUUGUUAGUGUUGUCGGACUGCAGCCUACCUAACUCAAUUUAUUUCACGUCGGCAAAAAAUUACCGACAUGACACGUCGUUUGCCUGUUUUACGUCAGCAAACAUGUGUUUCACGCCGGCGAUUUCCAUUUUUGUAAUCGCACGCUUUCAUACACAGCCAACAGUUAAAGUAAGGUAGAAAAUGAGAGCAAAACCUUUGGAAAAUCAAAUUACAUCCAAUAAAAGAAAAAGCAUGCGUACAAAAAUUUGCCGACGCGAAUCAAAAUUUUUUUUUAACACGUCAACAAUUGCCUGCGAAUUAGAAAGGCUGGAUUUUAAACUUUUUUGUUACUCCAAGUACAGUCGACGUUCGAUAUUUGAACUCUCGGGACAUACCAAAUAGUUAUCGUGCGUCGAAGGCUUUUAAAGUUCGGGAUAGCGAAAUACCCGUACUUUUUAACGUUCUUGAUUAAAUUGUUUAGCCGAAAACGGAGAAAGACAAUGUUUUUUUCAGCCAAUGUUUUUACCACGAGCUUGCGCUUGGUAGCAAUUUUUGAAAUAAGGAGGAUUCCAAAUAUCCCAAAUUGUAAACGUUCGAAAGUCUUUUUUACGCAUCAAUCGAACCUUUUAUGUUUUCGUUCGAAAAAUAAGAGAAAAGUUCGAAAUAAACUGAGAGGAGCGGAAAAAUAGUUCGACAAAGCGAAAAUUUGAGAGAACAGAGUUGGUGAUAUUGAACGUAAUUUUGCCUACAACAGACUUUUGAAGAUAUCGAGCGUCGACUGUAUUCGUUUUCUUCAAAAAUAAUUGGCAAUGAUAUCUGUACACGUUCACAGAUUCUUCAAUAAAAAAAACAUGACAGGAUGAUCGCUCCUCUUUAAAAUCCCUAGUCAAAAAUCCUCAAAAUAUUUUAGUGAAGGAAAAAAAAAUAUAAAAAUAAGAUCGAAAUAUGAAAAAAUAUUUUUUACUUCUUUAUCAUCAUUUAUUUUUGCGGAAAGAAAUUUAUGGAUUUUCCAUCAGUUAUGAAUUGUCACGAUAAUCUCUUGUUGGCUAAAUUCUAUGUCAUAAUUAUGUUUUGACACCUCGUUUUGCAGGUGAAACACCUUUAAAAUGAGGCUCAUUUUGUCACAGUUUAUGUGCAUAAAUAGUACAUGUCAAACACAAACUUCCCGGCUUUGCUUUUUGAGUUCCCCAAUUUUACGAGAUGACUUUUUUCACUGAUUUAGGAUAAGUCACACCACAACAUGACUAUCGAAGAAUGUAGUAAAUUUGUAGCGAUAUUUUUUUGCGUUUAUUUCAUAUUUAAGACUAUUGCACAUUUACAAAUUUUGCAUAUUACGCCUUCUAUAUAAACCGGUAUUGUACAUUUACGGCUUGUAUUUAUACGAUUAUCGUAUACUUACGGCUUGUAUUACAUCGUUAUUGUAUAUUUACGGCUUGUAUUACACCGUUAUAGUAUACUUUGCAUAUUUUCGGUUAAUGCAUAUUUUAGCACAUUUCUCAAACAUUUUGUAUUUUUCUCUCGGAUAAAUGCACUUUAUACUUUCAA